GUUCUUCUAUGAAGCCGUGCUGUAGUCUGCAUCAACCAGAGAGCCUGAGAUGAGCUGAAGUCAGCUUUAACCAGCUUUUAUUGUCACAUCCAUCCCACUGCUUUACCAACAGCAAGAUCUUCUGUUCAACAAUGCUGCUCCUCAGUGUGAAGACGUAUCCUGCUCUGCUAUGGACGAUUUGUGUUUUGUUUGCCGUGGAGUCCCUGACUGCUCCCAGUCCACAACCUAGCGAUACUAACUCACCUGUUGAAGCCUUGACUGGACUUUACGGUGACAAAGAGUUGCAGGCUACAACCUGGAAACCGAGUCACAAACCUGCAGAAGUUGGCGUUGCUGCAGCGACAGAGAGCGCAGGGCUGCCCACAGUGGAAACCCAAGAGGCUAACAGUUUAAAUAACAGCAGAGUUGGUUUGGUUGUCAUGAGCACUGCAGCACAAACAGCAGCAGAAACAGCAGCUGCAAGCGGCUCAGAUCACAGAUUGCUUCAAACCGCCGCAGCAGUGACCACAGCUGCAGGUGAAGACCAGCUCUACAGCUCCACAGACAAACAUGCUCAGGAUCAGUCCCAUCAACCAUCAGCCACCACUUCUAAUGACACGACUGCUCCUGCUGCAGCUUCUGCCGCCUUUACAGCCAUAGUGGUUGUGUCUUCUCCACAGCCCACAUCCAGCAUCGAGCCUGAGGUUACUUCCCAGAUAUCUUCCACCGUCUCCUCUCACGAGUCCACUCAGAUCUUCAAUCAGAGCCUCAGCACUCCUUCAGCUUCAACUGCAACCACAAUGACAACAAACCCCACGUCAGAGGCUGCACCUGUGUUCAACCCCACCUCUAUGCCUGAGAAAUCCAAACCCAGCACUCAUCCCACUUCUGCUGCGACUGUCCUCAUAUCUACGCUUAUGUCCGUCUCGACUGACCCUCCCAGCUCUACCGUCUCCAACAGCUCUGCAGGAGUCCUGAACCCUCGUAUCCCCAAGAGGAUACCGGUUCCAACGUUUAGCCCAACCACUCCUUCAGCUUCAACUGCAACCGCAAUGACAACAAACCCCACGUCAGAGGCUGCACCUGUGCUCAACCCCACCUCUAUGCCUGAGACAUCCAAACCCAGCACUGAGCUUCCAUCUACAUCUCAUCCCACUUCUGCUACGACUGUCCUCACAUCUACAGGAGCAGCAGGAUCGAGCUCCACGCCUAUGUCCGUCUCAACCGACCCUCCCAGCUCCACCGUCUCCAACAGCUCUGCAGGAGUCCUGAACCCUCGUAUCCCCAAGAGGAUACCGGUUCCAACGUUUAGCCCAGCGCCAGCAACUACAGCAGCACCUCGUCACGUCACAAAUAGCCCCUCCAGCACUGAGACCCAACCCUGCUCCACCCGGAGCCUGGUGAAGAACUGCCUCAUCGUCAUCGCCGCCCUGGCUGCUCUGGCCACCAUCUUCAUGGUUUCCACCAUCGUCCUCUGCACCAAGCUGUCAGCAAAGAAGUACAGAGUUAAGAAAUCCCAGCAGGGCACUGAGAUGAUGUGCAUCUCCGCCCUGCUGCCCGAGCCCAGCUACACCUACACCAGGCAACGCAACCCGGUCCGAAACGGAAUCCGGGUGAUCCCCGGAGGUGGAGACAGCGACGACGAGUUAGGAGAUAACCUCACUCUCAGCAGCUUCCUCCCAGAGAAUGACCGAUAUGUUUAAAUGGAUUCACAACCCAUGACUUUACACAUCAGAUAUUAGACUGGUCUGUGGGGUUGUCAGUGAUGUGGAAACAGUUGCUCUUUGCUUCCCCUUUGAUGUUGGUGGUUUAGCUUCCAUGCACGCCCUGUUUCUGUGGAGGAAGAGACAUGAAAACCACAAAUGUUCAAGCACCAUGAAUUGUAUCUGGUAUCGGGACUUUUUUUUUCCACUGGAGGAUUUACGUAAGUCAGGAUGAGGACAGUUGUGUGAUCAAAGGUUGAGUUUUUUAGACAUCCGGAGCUGAGGCCUGAAGGUAUUUCACUUUGCAACGGGGGACAGGAAGGCUUCGACAAGGGAUUGUUGUUUUUCACAGACGCUGUAGAGUUUAGAAAAAACUGUUCUGGAGACUGAAGGCUGAAGUGAAUGCAGGAUUUUGAUCAAUGUGUCUGUUUAAUGUGAAAUAUGCAGUUUCUGUACCGUGGUAAUUUAUUAAACACGUCUUAUUUAACUUUUAGGUAAUGCUUUCCUUUAUGAGUCUGUUAUUUCCUUAGAAUUUCUUGCAGCUUUACUGGAAAGUGUUUAAUUUGAUAUGACUUUUACAGAUAAUUAAAGAGAGGUAAAGCUUGAAGACUGUCAGUCUUUUUCAUUUAGUAGAAAUCACAUUAAAAAGCCCCUCCAGUGAAAAUCAAGUUGUUGUUUUUUACCUUGUUAACGUGUAAAUGGGUCAAUAUAUAAAUGAGGGACUUUUGAACUCCAUGGGAUAUAACUUGCAUGCAUUUUUAUUAAAAGUAAAAAAAAUCAUGUUUUUAUGUUCAUCGUGAUCACGUCUUGUAGUAGUGAAGUGGUGUGUGAGUCAAGUGUGGAUUUAUGGCAUGUCAGCAGGUUUACUACAAUAUCUUUAUAAAUAACUUUCAGUUUCAAUUUUACUCAACUGUAUAUAUAAUAUUUAGAAGAAUCCUUGUGUAAAAAGGCCAUGUGCUGUUUGGUUUUAGGCGGCCAUUUUGAUUUUAGGCCUGAAAACAGCAAAAAUGUCAACUAUGAUACAAAAAGUCCCACAAUUAUAUAUUGACCCAUAUGAUUUUAUUUAUAUGCUAGAUGGCAAUAAAAGGUAGUCUACACCAUGGCUGAACAUUUCUACCUUCUACUCACUGAUCACAGUCUUAAAAACCUGAAUACGAACAGAGUUUUAUAUGUAGCAAAUUUGAGUAACCAAUGCUGUGAGCUUGCAGAAUUGGGCUUUCUGUACCGUUAUCACUCUUCAGAAUCAGGUACCAGUUCUAACAUCUAUUGCUAAUUUUACUGCAAUAUCAAUUUCUUGACCUUCCCUGAAAAUUUCUUUCAAAUCCGUUUGACUGUUUUUGAGUAACGCUGCUAACAGACAAACAGACAGACAGAUAAACGUACGCCUGAUCGUAACAUAAUUCUGCCAUUCCUUGGCAGAGUAAUAACUCCAGGAACCUUUCUUGGAAGUUAAAAUAAGGGAGCAACAAAGUUAUUCUUGCUUAUUCCCCAUCUAACUGUGUUCUCUUCUGAAUUUUAGUUUCCAAUUCCAGUGAUAAAUAUAUAAAUGCACUUUUGUAACAUCUGUAUGUGUGUCUGUACACGGUGAAGAGUCAUAAUAAAAGUGGACUCUUCAUAAACUCA